AUGGAAGAAUCCACGGUCGCAGUGGCCACGGAGCAGCGAGCCCCUGUGCGGUGGCAGGCUGUGUCCAAACGAGUGUUCUUGUUUAUCCUGCACCAGUGGUUACUGAUCGGUAUCGGAGUUGUCUGCGUACUGGCCUACUACUUCCCUCAAGUAGCCAAGCAUGGAGGAAUCAUCAGAAGCCAGUAUAGCAUCUUGUACGGGGUGAUUGCCAUCAUUUUCCUCAUCUCCGGCCUCAGCAUCCCACGCCAGAAGCUCUUCACCCAGCUCUUGAACUGGCGACUGCAUAUCGUGGUGCAAGUGAUAUCGUUUCUGUUUAUCCCGGCGCUUGUUCUGGCCGUCGUGUAUAUCAUCUUGGCGGGUGAUCCGAGUGGGAAAAUUGAUCGAGCUGUAUUGGCUGGCUAUAUCUUCACCGCAUGUAUCCCGACGACUAUUGCUUCCAAUGUGGUGAUGACGAGGGCUGCAGGGGGCGACGAUGCAGCGGCAUUGGUGGAAGUAUUGAUUGCCAAUAUCCUUGGACCGUUUAUCACCGCGGCUUGGACAGUGAGUUUGAUCCCCAAGACGGCUGAGUUUGAUCAAUGGCGAUAUGGUGGUGGGAACUUGGGCAGCAUGUACAAGAAUGUGUUUCAGCAACUUGGCCUGAGUUGUCUGCUGCCCCUCUUUGUGGGUCAGUUGAUACGGUGGACUUGGCCCGAUCACACAGCUUGGGUGCUGCAGAAGACCAAAAUGCCCAAAUGGGCCUCUGUCUGCAUGUUGCUACUGAUUUGGACCACAUUCUCGUCCUGCUUCGCCACAGGAGCUCUUCAGUCCAUGUCAGCCCAAAGCAUUAUCUUUGUUGUGCUUUUCAACGUCGGACUCUACAUCACCCUGACCGUGGUGUGUUUCUUCGCAGCACGGCCUCCGCGAUUCCUCUCUUCUCGCGGUUGGUCCAAGCUGGUCUUCAAGCCCAUGUCCCCGGAACAAGCAAUUGCCGUUUGCUUUUGUGGCCCCGCGAAGAGUACGGCUCUGGGAAUUCCGUUACUAUAUGCUAUGUGGGAGCCACUUGAUUUAUACACCAAGGCAAAGACAUCCGUGCCGGUCUUGCUGUACACCACGGAGCAGAUUGCCGUAGCUCAUUUCUUUGUCCAGAUGUUCAAGCGAUGGCAUGCCCGAGUAGCUGAAAAGCAGGAUGUGGAGCAGGGCCAAGAGGAUGGAACUCACAUUGACAUGGCGGAGACAUCGGUAGAGACCCAUGGCAUUAUUGACGAAAAUGGGCGCACAAAUGCUUGA